UGUUUUCCUAACUUUUCUUUUAUUCAGUGAUCAGUGAUUGAGUGAUGUGAUUAGUGAUUUAUUAUUUAUUUUGUUGUGAUCUUCACCUUCAGAUCUUGUGAUUUUGCUUUUAGCAUGUAAACAUAAAACUGAAAUUGUAGGUAAAAUUAAAUUUAGUAACAUGGAAAUGAAACAAGAAGCUAGUGAGAAAACUUGUAAAGUGGAAAUAGAUAAUAAUGACACCUGUGUUGGUCUUUUCAAUACCAAUACAUUCAAAAUUGAGAUAAAGGAGGAACCCAAGACAGAAGCUGCAUACGACACAUUUGUUGAUUUAGAUUUAAAUGAAUUCCCCCUAAAAACCGAAGUAGAACAAGAUGAAUAUAAAUUUUCACCACUUGAAGAAAAGCCAACAAAAAAUGAAGAAAGUUGUCCCCAGGAGGAGAAUAAAAUGAAAAUUAUGGAAACGUUACAUUCAUCUCAUAAAGGAAAAUAUACACGUCAAGAUGCCGAAGGAAAAACCGUAAAUAAAAAUAUAAAAAUUCAGAUUAGACAGGAACCUUACAAGUGUGAAAUUUGCUUUAAGCAGUUUAAUCGAACAGGUGAUUUGAAAGUUCAUUUGAGAGUUCACACUGGAGAGAAACCGUACAUGUGUGAAAUUUGUUUAAGGCAAUUUACUCGAGCAGGUGAUUUGAAAAAACAUUUGAGAGUGCACACUGGAGAAAAACCUUAUAAGUGUGAAAUGUGUUUAAAGCAAUUUACCGAUACAUUUAACUUGAAAAGACAUUUGAGAGUACACACUGGAGAAAAACCGUACAAGUGUGAAAUUUGUUUUAAACAGUUUAGUGAAGCAGGUAGUUUGAAAAAUCAUUUGACAGUUCACACUAGAGAAAACCCGUACACGUGUGAAAUUUGUUUAAAGCAAUUUAAUCGAGCAGGUGAUUUGAAAAAACAUUUGAGGGUUCACACUGGAGAAAACGCUUAUAAGUGUGAAAUUUGUUUAAAGCGAUUUACCGAUUCAUUUAACUUGAAAAGACAUUUGAGAGUACACACUGGAGAAAAACCGUUCAAGUGUGAAAUUUGUUUAAAGCGAUUUAAUCAAGGAGGUUAUUUGAAAAUACAUUUGAGAAUACACAUUGGAGAAAAACCUCACAAGUGUGAAAUUUGUUUAAAGCAAUUUAAUCAAGCAGGUGAUUUGAAAAAGCAUUUGAGAGUUCACACUGGAGAAAAACCGUACCAGUGUGAAAUUUGUUUAAAGCAAUUUAUUCGAGCAUGUGAUUUGAAAGUUCAUUUGAGAGUUCACACUGGAGAGAAACCGUACAAGUGUCAAAUUUGUUUAAAGCAAUUUACUCGAGCAAGUGAUUUGAAAAGACAUUUGAUAUUGCACACUAGUGAUGUAACGAAUAUUCGUAUUCGCAUUCGCAUUCGCGAAUAUUCGCAUAUUUUUGCAUAUUCGCAUUCGCAUCCGCAUUCGCGAAGUUUGUGCGAAUGUUUUGCGAAUGUGAAUAUCAGAAAAAAAAUCAUUUGAAGAUAAUAUUAGGUUAAUAAAAUCAAAAUCUAUUCACUUCUCUACUUUUUUUUUUAAUAAGAAAAGGUAACUUAACCUCGAAUAAU